AUGGGAAUAUAUAAGCUCCCAACGCUCUCAGAGUACUGGCGAAGAACAGGAAUUGGUGCAAUGCCCUGGUUUUGGACUGUGUUUUCUAAAAACAGAUUUUUUGCGAUAAGCAAAUAUCUCCAUGCUAAUGACAAGACGAAACGACCUGAACAAGGCCAAGAUGGAUACAAGCUGUUCCAUGUACAACGUAUAAUCGAUUCCCUCUUGCAAGCAUUUCGCUUGCUGUAUACCCCAGGGCGAGAACUGAGCAUUGACGAACAAAUGGUUGGUACAAGAUGCAUAUAUCAUUUCUACAGUAUAUGCCCAAGAAACUCAAAAAAUUUGGCAUAAAAAUUUGGGCAUUAUGUGAAGCAAAAACUGGUUAUUGUUGUAACUUUCAAGUGUACACAGGAAAAACUGAUGGUGCAGGGCAAGAAAGUGGUCUCUCGUACCGUGUCGUGUUUUCGUCUUUCGUAUUUUUCGUCAGUCAAACUUGUGUCAGACUUGCUAAAAGAACAUACAUUGGCAUGUGGAACUAUUCAAGCUAAAAGAGUGAACCUUCCCACUGAUAUUUCAGAUGGAAACUAUUAUCAUGGACAGGUAAAGUUUUGGUCAUGUGGCAACUUAUCUGUUGUUCACUGGAAGUUUUCCUCUUGGCAUUCAUUUAAAAUGCUAACAAUUCCCCCCAGAAGAGAUGAAGCAGAUGAAGUGCAUAAGCCUGAAAUUAUCCAUGAUUACAAUGAGUUCAUGAGAGGUGUUGACCUAUGUGACUAG